GUCAAAAAUAAAAAGUUCGAUAAAAGAAAAAGAAAGACAGUAAAAAGGACGGGCAUUUGAUAUACAAAAUAAUUGAAAACAAAAAAUUUUCUUCUGUAUAAUCGGUUUUUCCAAAGCAACAUGACACUUUUUUAAAAGAAACAAAAAAAUCAAACAAAUUACACAAUUAUGGGUCAGAAUCAGAGCAUUACAGACAAUGUUAUUCCCGACACAGUCGAUACUCUUCAAAUACAAGUGGUCAAACAUGCAAAAGUAUUUUCCGAAAUAGGUUUACUCACCUAUGACGACUUUAAGCAAUGCCUUGAAGGUUUAAAUGCGUUGUCACGCAACUGUUUGGAUCCUUCUGGGAAGCAAUUAGUGUUCCUUAUCAAGAAUGGAACAGAUAGUUCACUUUUAUGGAAAGCUACAGUGAAGAUAGCUUGUGUAAAAGUCGAUCCAGUUACUCGAGAAAUUGACCAAUACAAGCUUCUUAAUCUGAAGCAGUUUUUAUGUGUUUUCAAGACAUUUCAAUCCCAUCUUCAAACUUUGGUUUCCAGUGAGAAACAAACCGAAAGAAGAGGUUCUGGUUCUUCAGAUUCUCCAUCUGGCACUCCAAUAACUGCAUCAAUACUAAUGGACCAAGUACAUACAAUGAUGAAUUCAGGUCAAUUCAGUCCCACCUCUUCACUGUGUUCUACCCCGGACCAGUUUGAUGAAUGUUCUAUUUGUUUGGAUCGCAGGACCGAAGUUAUACUUCCAUGUGCACAUAGCUUUUGUGCUCCAUGCAUAGAACAAUGGAAUGUAAAUAACAAAACAUGUCCUAUUUGCAAUGAACUAUUAGCCAGUACAGAUGAUACUUGGGUUAUGUCUGAAAUGCCUGGCGUCGAUGAAAUAAAUGACAAAAUAUGCGAUGAGCUGAUGAAUCUCUCAAAGCAACAAGCUGAAAAGUAAACCUUUGCUAGAUUGUGCUUAGACAGAGUCCUCGGGGAAUAUAUUAUAUGUUUAAAUUAUGUUAUUUAAUCGCUAAUAUGUUAUUCAUUCUGUUAUCCAAUUUAGUUGUAUUAUUAAAUGUUGUGUCUAUUUUUAAAACAUUAA